AAACUUUGAUCCAAAGUCAACUCUAUUCAAGAAUAUACUACCCUCGAUAUACUUCUUUCUCUCUCUCUCUCAAGAUUGGAUUGGAAAGACGAGAUAAGCACGCGCGUUGCGCGUAUAAUGGGUUCCAAGAUCACACCUCAUGUUGUCGCCGUUCCUCUCCCAGCUCAAGGCCACAUCUCUCCACUCUUGCAUCUCUGCCAAGCUCUCGCUUCUCAUGGAUCCAUCCUCAUCACUUUCGUCAACACGGAGGCCAAUCAAGACAGCAUCAAGGAAAUGCUGGGAGAUGGCGUCGAGGGCAUUCGCUUCGAGACCUUCCCCGGGCUGGAGGCGGCUUACCACGGCCUCGACUUGACCCAGCUCGAGAAUCGCCAGAUCUUCUACCGGGCUAUUCUCGACAUGGAAGCGCCAGUGGAGAGGCUGCUACGAGAGAAGAUCAUCGCCAAGGGCCCCCCUGUUUCGUGCAUCGUCUCCGAGUUGUUCCCCUGGAUGAGAGAUCUGGCGGCCAGAAUCGGAGUUCCAAGCGUUUACUUCUGGCCUACGAGUGCUGCUUGUGUUCUUCUGGAUUUUUCCAUUCCCUUGCUCUUGGAGAGAGGAGACAUACCCGUCGAAGAUUUCUCUAUGGACAAAUCCAUCGAGUACGUGCGUGGCUUGUCACCAUUGCCUGUGUGGAGUCUUCCCCGGGUUUUUGCUUUCAGGGAUGAUCCAAGUUUCGCUCGCAGGUACGAGAGGCUAAAAAACAUCCCCCAGAAUUCUUGGUUCCUGGCCAACACUUUCGAGGAGCUCGAAGGUGGCGCGCUUGAGGCCGUGAGAGAUUACAUCCCAAGGAUAAUACCUAUAGGUCCCGCGUUUCUAUCUUCACCAUCCAUGAAAAAUGCAAGCCUCUGGAAGGAAGACAACGAGUGCUUAGCAUGGCUCAACGAGCAAGAAGAAGGAUCCGUGCUCUACAUAGCUUUUGGUAGCAUCGCCACCCUGAGCUUGGAACAAGCUAAAGAGAUAGCAGCAGGGCUGGAAGAACUCCAGAGGCCAUUUCUAUGGGGGAUUCGUCCAAAGUCUGUGCCGGGUAUGGAGCCCGAGUUUCUGGAACCGUUCAAAGAGAGAGUAAGAAGUUUUGGGCGAGUUAUAACUUGGGCUCCCCAGCGAGAAGUUCUCCAGCAUGCUUCUAUUGGGGGAUUUUUCACUCACUGUGGAUGGAAUUCUGUGCUGGAAAGCAUGGCUGCUGGUGUGCCUAUGAUCUGCCACCCUUGCGUUGCGGAACAAAAUCUGAAUUGCAAGUUGGUGGUGGAAGAUUGGAAGAUUGGAUUGCGAUAUUCCAAUGUGGGAUCUGGGAAGCUUGUGGUGAGGGAUGAAUUUCAAAAGGUGGUGAAGAAAUUGAUGGAAGAUGACAAUGGUAUUGCGCAAUACAUGAGGAGUAAUGCAAAGAAGCUGAGUGAAGAAGCUAGAAAAGCAGUGUGUGUGGGGGGCUCUUCAUACCAAAAUCUGGAAAAUUUUAUCUUGUUUUCAUACGAGGAACCACCUCUAGACACUGCUCUACGAGCCUCCUCGCUCAGCUUCUUGACGUUAAUCCUCAAAGGCUCACUGUCAGCUCCCAUGAAUCGCUCCACCACCUCCACAAACUCGUCCCUCGCUACCACCACCUCCUGUGGAAGGGUGGCGGAGGAUGUCCACCUGAGGAGCCCAGCUCACAACCAGUCCAAAGCUCCUCACGGCCUCCUUGAAACACUCCAGGAACUCGGGCUCCAUGCCGUUGACCGACUUGGGUCGGAUGGCCCAGAUAAACGGACGCUGGAGAAGCCUCAGUCCCUCGGAGAACUCCUUGAACUGAUCGAAGCUGAGAGUGGCGAUGCUGCCCAAGGAAAUAAAAGUCGCCCGGGAGGCUCCACAUUGGUAGUGGUGACAAGCCGUCUACGUAAGUUAUGCACUUCUCAAUGGAACGAUCUGGCGGAAGACGUUAGAGCUUCUCGAAAGAAGGAAAGGGAAAAAAAGAAAGAUACCUUGGACUGGAAUGUCUCCCUUCUCCAACAUUUGCGGAACCGCGCACUCGAGCAAAACGCAAGAGGCACUGGCAGUCCAGAACUUGACCUCUGGGAUUCCAAUCCUUCUUGUUACUUCCGUGGACCACGGGAAGAACAUAUCCGAGAUGAAGCACGAGACCGGAGGAACGAGAUCAUCGUCUCUGGCCAUGUUCCUGAUGAGCAAGCUCUCCACUGGAGCCUGCAUCUCCAUCACUGCCUCGGAGAACAUCCGCCGCUUCUCCGGGACCGCCAAGUCGACGUCGCUUGCUUGGAUGCCCGGGACCGUCUCGAAGCGAAUGCCGCCACCACAGCCAUAGCUCUCCUUCGAAACGAUGUUCUUCAAGUCCCGCUGGUUGGAAUUUUGUAUCCAAAUCCCAUGGCAACCAUGGCAGCAGCAUCUCUUUUGCACAUAGUAGCGGUUCCGUUGCCACUCCAAGGCCACAUCAAUCCCCUCCUCCACCUCUUGGCUCGUCUGUGCGGCCCAGAUCUCAUCACCACGCUCCUAGUUCCACAGCAAGACGUCCAUCGCAUGCAGCGCUCCCCCAAUCCACACGUCCGCGUCCUUCCACUCCCUCCCAGCGUCUUGGAGAUCAGCCACAUCGCUGGCCUGCCGAGCACGAGCCAACUCUCUGCCGUUCUAGACGCUCUCGAGGAGGCCGAGGACAAUCUCGCUGCCUUCAUCUCGGGACUCGGUGGCGAUGGAGUUUGGAGCUCUCCAAUCUGCUGCAUCCUACUGGAUUCCUUUGUCGAGAUGGGCCAAGAUCUUGCGGACAGGCUCAAGCUCCCCAGAAUUGCUAUGUGGACCGCCUCGGCAGCGACUUUUCUCAUCAAUUGCAAUCUCCCUCAACUGAUCUCCCGAGGCAUGCUACCUUUCACAGAGACGAGUGAUCCGGACUCUGUCAUCGACUUCAUCCCUGGGAUCGACAGUCUUUCCAUCAAAGAUAUCCCAUCCUCCCUGCUUACUUCCACCCCCGAGGGGCUCGAGCGAAGAUCUCGCAUUUUCUCCCGGAACAAGGAGGCAGCUUGCAUCUUCCUGAAUACCGUCGAGGAGCUGGAGCGCAAGGUCGUUGCUGCCAUCCAGGAGCUUCUUCGUCCCGCAAAGUUCUUGACCAUCGGGCCCCUGCUACCCAGCUCGUUCUUGUCUGACCAUCCAGCUGAUGAGAACACUGUGUCGGCCGAAGGAGUUUGGAAGGAAGAUAUGCACUGCUUGAGCUGGCUCGACGAGAGAGAGCCGAGGUCGGUCCUAUACGUGUCUUUCGGAAGCAUGGCGACGUUGAAAGCGAACCAGAUACAGGAGUUGGCUCUAGGCCUCGAAUCGAGCGGGCAGCCAUUCCUGUGGGUGAUGAGGCCGAACCUUGUGAGCGAGUCUGAAGCUCCUAACUUCUGCGAGGACUUCGUCGUGAGGACUAAGUCGCAGGGACUGGUGAUUUCCUGGGCACCGCAGCUUCAAGUUCUCAAGCAUCCGUCCGUUGGAGGCUUUCUGACGCACUGCGGGUGGAAUUCCACCUUAGAAGCCGUGUGCAGUGGAGUUCCUUUGCUAUGCUGGCCUUGCUUCGCCGAGCAACAUCUCAACUGUAAGAUCAUCGUCGACGACUGGAAGGUCGGGCUGAGCUUUUUCCGAGGCUCCUGUCACGGUGUGGCGAGCAAGGAGGUGGUUCAUCAAGUGAUCAGGCGGCUCAUGGUGGAAGAUCCUGGAAAAGAAAUCAGGAAAAGAGCCAUAGAACUUAGAAAUGAGAUUAGAAGUACCGUGACAGAAGGUGGGUCAUCCGAUAGGAACUUGUCCGCCUUUGUUGACUUGAUCUCAAAACGAUUGGUAUAGUUAAGUCGAAGUAACAUGGUUGUCAGCC